AUGUCCACUAUAACUGCUGGUGACUACAUACAAUCGCAAUUGGAGUUGGAGAGAGAGGCUAGGGAGCUUAUGCCCUAUGACUCGAAUGUCUGCACCUACUCCAUGGGUGAAUUGAGACAGCCUAUAUUCGCGUGCUUGACUUGCUCGAGACAGAACAAGGGCACACCAAUUGGAGUAUGCUACUCCUGUUCUAUCCAAUGCCACUCAUCUCAUGAGAUUGUAGAGUUGUUUGCAAAGAGAUCAUUUGUUUGUGAUUGCGGAACAACAAAAAUGAAAGACACUAUCCAUGGUGCUUGUAAGAUAAGGUCAAAGCCUGUAGAGGAACAGUCACAUUCCAAUCACCCUUCUAUAAGGAGAUCGAGUUCCUCUUCGUUCAACUCUCGUCCUGUUUUACUUGAGGCGGAAGAUAUACCUUCGCUGGGUAACCAAUAUAACCAGAAUUUCAAAGGACUCUUUUGUAGUUGUGAGAAGACAUACAAUCCUCUUGAAGAGACUGGGAAUAUGAUACAGUGCUUCUUUGGAUACGAGUGCAGCGAAGAAUGGUAUCAUGAAGGCUGCAUUUUAGGAUAUUUGCCCGGAGCUAUCAAAAGGGAGUCGACUACAAAGCCUUCUGCUAGUUCUUCUCAAAAUCAACUUGAAAAGCUUGCCUUGCCAACAAUUGGAGAGGAAGCUCCCAAAAAACGAGAACGGGAAGACCAGAGUGAAGAUGAAAAUGAAGAAGACAAUGAAGGCGCAUCACAAGUUCCAUACUUUCCAAAUUUGAACGAUUUUGAUCAAUUUAUAUGCUGGAAAUGUGUAAAUAGUUUCAAACAAGUGUUCAAUUACUUAGUUAAACAUGAUGAUAUUGCUUUAACACAUUUACCUCACUAUGACAAUAUCCCAACCAUAGAUGAGUGGAAAUUAAAGUACAAUAAUACUAAGAAGAUUAAAGUUGAAAAUUCUGAUACUGUUAUAGUUCCAUAUUCUGUAUUUCUUAAACCUGGAUUCAAAGCUUGUCUUAAGCGAUUGCACGGGGAUACUCUGUCCCCCAAAUAUGUUCAAGAGUUUUUAACAAACUACUCAUUUCUAUACGAAGAAGAUCCAGUUUAUGAACCUCCUGAAGACGAGGAUGACGAUACUUCUUCUAACACCGGCUCUUUACUAGAUUUGGGAGCUGAAGCUUUGCUGUCUUUGCCGAAGGAGCAAGCGAUUGAAGGACUACAAGCUUAUGAUAAGAUAAAGGAGAAGCUUAGGGACUUCUUUAAACCUUUUGCAGAGGACGGUAAAGUUGUUACUGAAGACGAAGUAAGAAGUUUUUUCAAUAAGGUCAAAGAGGAGGAACGUUGA